CCCUUCCAUAAAUUAUGAAAAACACGCCCAAGUGACCGGUCGCACGCCCUAAUAGUGACAUAGGGCGCGUGGCAGCCUCCAGUAAAAAUCAACACUCACCAAGAAACCCAGUGGGACCGGAUUUCCAUGACACACAGAAACCAGGUCGCUGCCGCAUUAUCGCUGCAGCUCUCGAUCACGACAUCGCGGUGGGUCGCGUGCAACUGGUCAGGGGACGUCAACUAAAUAAGGCUCAUGCCGCUGCGAAGCCACAAAAAAAAAAGCUUCUUCUCCCCGUCACUUGCAGAAUAGACUCAUACUUCGCACGUGUAUCCAGCAUGGGCGGGAUAUUCGAGACGCUGCACCGCUGGUAUCGCGGGACCUUGUACCAGGCCGUGGUGCUGGGGUUGAUCAGUUUCACGCAGCCGGGGAUCUGGGAUGCGUUGAAUAGUCUGGGCGCGGGGGGUCUUGCGUCGCCGUAUUUCGUCAACGCGUCGAACGUCAUCACCUAUGUGAUUAUGAUCGUGACUUGUCCGCUCUUCGCCGUCGCUGGGAACCGGUUUAGUUUGAAAUGGGUGCUGGUUGCGGGCACGUUCUACGUGCCGUAUUUCGCUGCGCUAUAUUGUAAUAGUGUGUUUGGGACGCAGUGGUUCUUGCUGUUCGGGUCGGUCAUUUGCGGUUUCUCGGCCGCUGCACUAUGGGUCUCUGAAGCAGCCAUUGCCGUUGGGUAUCCCGAGAUCGAAAACAGAGGGACAUACAUUGGAAUCUGGAUGGCCCUGAACAAACUCGGCUCGCUGAUCGGCAACGCGAUCCAACUCGGCCUGAACAUCCACAACGCCGACAAGGGCAGCGUCAGCCCGAAAACCUACCUCGUACUCAUCGGCCUCAGCUGUGCCGGUCUCCCGCUCGCUCUGACAGUCGCGCCGGCGCAUAAGCUGAUCCGCAAAGACGGCAGCAAACCGACCUUCAGCUCCAGCGAGGAGCACGUCUCGAUAAAGGACGGGUUCAAGGGUCUCUGGAAAGCCAUGAGGCAGCGCUACAUGCUCAUGCUGCUGCCGAUCUUCAUCACCGUGCGCUGGAGCCAGACCUACCAGGGGAACUAUCUGACCGAGUACUUCUCGGUCCGGGGACGCACGUUGGCCGGAUUCAUCCAGACGGUUGUGGGCACCGUGGCGACACUCUUGUGGGGAUGGUUUUUGGAUCGGCAGAAGAUCGUGAAGUCGCGGAAGGUGCUCGCCAUGAGUGGGUGGUUGAUCAUGCUGGCGGUGUUCAUUCCGCAGUGGGUGUUGAACUUCAUCAUGCAGAAGCAGCUGCAGAGCCAGCAUCCCACGCCGUCGCUGGACAUCCAUGAUCCGGGGUAUGGCAAGGCCAUUACAGCCUAUUGCUUGUUUGGCGUCGCGAGUCAAGCGUCUGUCGUGUGGACGUACUGGAUUCUAGGAACAUACGACGUCCACGUCGACGUCCUGGCGUAUACCACCGGUAUUCUGCGGUCGGCGGAGAGUCUGGGAUUCGCGAUUGCGUUUGGCAUCGGUGCCAGCAAGAGCGCCUCGCUCAUGGCCAAUUUGAUCGUUGCAUUUAUUGUCUUCUGGGUCAGCGUGCCGUUCACCACAUACGCUUCCUACACCGUGAAGGAGCCCGGCGAGGCGGUCGGCGAGACGAGUGGUCCUGCUGCGAAGGACGUGGAAGACGGUUCCAAUGAUGAUCUUCCUGGCAAUGUAUCUCAUGCCCAGGCCCAGGAAGCUGGGUUGCGAGCUUGAUGACGGUCGCAGCCAUUGUAAACUAUUUGAAGACUGAAAUUUUUCGAAGGCAGUGGAGCCUGGCCGAGGUAGUAUUGUUCAUAGUGUUUCAUCCGCCCUCGCUGGACGACGGAGCUUAAUGUGG